AAAUAUAAAUCACUUCUAGAAUCGUUUCUAGAACUUUCAGAGAACAAUAUGUUGACAUAUAAGGAGAUUAAAGAAGAGGUAGACACGUUCAUAGUAGCGGCAUACGACACGUGCUCCCUCGUUUUAACUUACACACUUAUGUGUUUAGGAACUUAUCCAGAAGUGCAGGAACGAGUGUAUAAAGAAAUACAAACCGUCUUUGGAGAUACGGACAGAGAUGUUGAGAAGGAGGACUUGUCACAGUUGCUAUAUACAGAAGCUGUUAUAAAAGAGACUCUGAGAAUGUAUCCACCCGCUCCUUUUAUAUUGAGAUACUGUGAUAAAGAAGUUCUACUAAAGAAUUACAAAAUCCCAGCUAACACACAAUUAAUUCUCAGCACGUAUGGUAUGAAUCGAGACGCUGUGUGGGGACCAGACGUGGAACAUUUCCGACCGGAUCGAUGGCUGGACCUUAAGCCAGAGCAAAGUAACGCCUUCGGAUCCUUCAGCAUCGGAAAACGAAUAUGUCCAGGACAACAUUUUGCUCUAAUUUCUUUGAAGACGCUGGUUGCUCACGUAAUACGGCAUUACCGAAUCAGAGCAAACAUCCACAAGUUGCAAUUUCGAAUGGAUUUCUUAGCGGUUCCAAUGUCAGACUGCAAUGUGGUCUUGGAGCGAAGAAAUAAUGUCGUUACGCAAGCAUUAUAG